AUAUAUAUAUAUAUUGAAAUUAACUUAUAAGUUAUAACAUUUAUAAAUAUUAGUUAAUGUGGUUAUAUUUAAUUAACUAUCUUUCUAAAACUCUAAAUUAAUUUUUAUUUAACAAAGGAAACAAUAAUUAAAGAAAAUAAAGCUGAGGAAAUCAAUUACCAAAAAAGAGAUAAGUUGUAUGCUAUAGAGAAAAAAAAAUUAUUUUUAAAAUAGAAAAAAAUAGAAAAUUAUUAGGGCUUAAACGGGUAGGGCCUAGAGGGCCGGGCCGGGCUUGGCCCUAACUGGCUCAAAAGGGUAGGGCCGAAGGGCUGGGCCGGGUUUCAAUUGCAUGACCCUUACCCUACCCUAUUUGAGAAAGGGUCGGGCCGGUCCGCCCUAAUGCAAGGGCCGGAUAGGGCUUCGGCCCUAUGGGCCGGGCGGGCUUAGGACCGAAGGGCCAAAUGAUGACCCCUACCCGUAGGCUAUAUCACCAUUUAUAGCCUAUCUCCCUCUCCCAUCGUAGGCUAGUACACGGGCUUCAAAAAAAAAAAAAUGACCUGCUAACAUUUCAUAAGCCAAAUUUGGCUUCCCAUUUGGUAGGCUAAAUGGUAGGUCCCAUUAAAUUUUUAUGUUUUAUUUCUUUAUAUAUUAUGUUUUAUACAUUUAUAAAAUUAUAAUUUUCUUAUAUAAAUGUGUUAUUUAUAAUGUUUCUGAAUAUAAAAAUUAUACCAUUGUUAAUAUCUUGUUGAGAUCUUCAAUAUGAACCUAAUAUUUGAUAUGUUCAGUUUUUUUUUUUUUUUUUGUGUGUGUAAUUUUCAAGUUUUAUGAUAUACACACACACAUAUAUGUUUUUAUUUAAGUAAAAUAGAUUGAUUUUAUUAAUAGCCUUGUCAAAACCAGAAAUAUAUGUUUGGGGUUUGGCUUAUAGAUUACGGUGGCAACACUGUUUUUUGUUAAUAGGCCAAAUAGGUAUCUUAGAGGGAAUAUUCUCUUUUUGGUAGGCUAAAUAUAUUUGGCCUUUGGCCUAUGGUGGCAUAUGCUCUUAGGGUCUAGAAAGAUUCAUUACUUGGUAUCCUAUCCCUACACUAAAAUAAGCUACCUACCACACCCACUUUUAGAAUUAUGCCCUAAACCAAGGAAAUUAGAGCCCCGAAAGGAAUUAAAGGACAAAAGAGCUACUAUUUCCAUUGCGAUUUCUUCACUCAAUAAGAACAAGAUAGUCAUAUUCCCCUUUGAUAAAGAAGGAAUAAUGACCAAAGUUAAAAAGAAAAAAGAAAACACUAGGGUCCCUAUGGACCCAAGCCUACCAAGUCCACUCCAUGCACAGCCUACUCCAAAAGGCCAACACCUAGAAGCCCUAGAGCUGGAUCAGUUUUCCAAUCAGCAGCCACCUUUCUCCGUGCCGCCGUCGUGAUCCUCUAUCAAAACACUGUCGCCGCUGAUACCGGCCUGAUUUGACUCAGUUCGUAAGGUAGCAACCUCCCUCGUCACUCUUCGUAAACAAACAGCGACUGCACCAAGAUAAACAUCCUAGGAACAGAGUCAAAAACCACCACCGGGAACUGUCAUCGAUGAUAGCCGCCUGGUUUGACUCAAUUGGUGAGUCGCUCCUCGUAAACAAACAGCGACUUCACCAAGAUAAACAUCCUAGGAACACAGUCUAAAACCACCGCCGGGAACUGUCAUCGAUGAUAGCGGCCUGGUUUGACUCAGUUGGUGAGGUAGCAACCUCCCUUGUCACUCCUUGUAAACAAACAGCGACUUCACCAGGAUAAACAUCCUAAGAACACGGUUGAAAACCACCACUGCUGCUCUGAAGCCCCAACCAUACCACAUCUUGAAAACCAGCAAUUCGAUCCGACUCAGAGUGAGCUAGAUCCACCAAAUCCCGUCCAGACUCCUCUCUUCCGCUCAGAUACGGUGCCCUCCCACGCCAAUCGAACCACCAACCAAAAAUAUUACCGUAUUGAACCUCCUACUCAUCAUAUCCAACCUUACGUUGCUAGACAUGCUCGAACCUAGCAUCCCCACAAAUUCACCGUCAUCCUCCGCGAUUUCAAGAUGAAGGCGUCCACCUCCUCCAUCUUCAAGAGAAUAGAGUAAAAUUUGAAUCCCCAAGUAGUCAUUGGAGAAGAUGAUAAAGGUGUAAGAGAGGCCGGCGAUCUGUCUAAAACCCUAACAGAGCUAGAUUGGAGAAGGAAAAAAAAAAACGGCGGUGAGUUUAUUAAUUUUGAUAUUCAUUUAUAUCCAAAACGACGUCAUUUUAGAGUUACAUAUAUAAGGUAAAAUUAGAACUUAAUAAGUGUGCGCAAUUUUGAACAUAAAUACGGAAGGUAUUAACAUAAAACUUAAAAACCACCAACAUUUAUCCCAGCCUCGGCGCCCAUAGGCGUAAAACAUUUCUGUGUCCGAAAAUUUUACUUUUUACACUAUUUUGCUAGAGUACGUGUGCCUGUCAUGUGCAAGCAAAUCUCAUUGAACACGACGAGAUGCAUGCGCAAGUAAAAUGUGUUUCUAUAUAAACAUCCAAAGAAGGGUUCUACGUGUCUCAUAUGGUGGUUGGUGGAGAAGUGAAGAACAGACCUGGCAUCAAACAUGGAAGCCAGAGAUACAAAACCAGACAAAUUCAGUUCGUAGUUGUAUAUCACUGUGAUCUCCUGUGCAACUCACCCCUCCUGUUUCAUCAGGCCCACCAAUCACAUGAUACAACCCCAGCGGAGUCAGCUGAUACCCUGUUUAUUGCCGGUUACAAUAAUCAGAUGCCAAAGCCAAAUGCAGACGAACACAGCCCUCCGCCGAUUCCAGAAUAGAAGCAGCCGUUUCAGGGUGAGCGAGAAAUGACUUCUGUGCCCUUGGGAAGUGUGUGCGUCAAGGGUUGUCGUUUAGGUCGAAAUCACGGGCAAUCAAGGUAAUCCAACUCGGUUAAGUGCUAAGCUUCUCUCCUAUAAAGGCUUACAGAGCACUCAGAGGUGGUUGCAAGCUGGGCAAUGCUUUUCUCUUAAUCUCUCUCAGCUGUCUAUUGUCUCUCUCUCUCUCUGUCUUUCUGCGAGAGAGAGAGAAAUUGCAUUACUGAUCAUAUAAUGCACAUAGCUAGACAGGAAGUAAAAUCCAAGCAGAUAGAUGAAACGGUGCAGUGAAAGCAGACAAAGUAUAGCUGUUAAGAGGUCAAAUCACACCAUGGAUUUCACGAGUGGAAGGUCAUUUAUCUGCACUGCUUAUAAAUCCAUAAUUUCCUCUAUCUGUUUGUUGUGGGGUUCGAGGUCAACAUGUCACAUGCAAACCCCAAAAGAUUCGAUGCAUCAAAAUCUCAAGUCGGGUCUCAAAACCCUAAUUUUCAACCCUAAAUCCCAUAAUCAUGGCCACAUCGUUCACAAGAACUACAAGCUCGCACCACCAUCGCCAUCUUCGCAGUCUUCACUCACUUAUUCGUGGUCGUUAUUGGAUAACUCGUCGUCGUGGACUUCGUCUAUGAUGGACGACUUGCUCGGAACAGACAGUGGCGUCGCCUACAUGACAACCUCUAACGACGAUAUGUUAAUGUCAAUGACGACCAGCAGUUACCCCAAGAGGAAAAGUACUCGAGGAAGCAAAAGGGUGAAAAGGGAAUUUCCACCACCAAUACCGCUUCUGGCACAAACGAGGAAUUUGCAAUGUCGCAUGCCUUGGAAUCUGACUAGGCAUUACUCUAAUGGAAGGCUAAUUCUGAAAGGAGAGAAAGCACGGCACCAUGAGUACUUCGAAGCCGAACGUGACAGCGGCCGCCUUGUGUUGAAGCUUGUGCCUCUGGACAACACCAUACUAACGACUUAUGAUGUGACUGAAUCGUUUGGUGGACAUUUGGACGUGUGUGAGGAAAAUGAUGAAGAGCUUGAAAUGGAAAACGUGCAGUUUGCUCAAGAAGACUAUCCUGAGGAUGAUAAUGAUGAUGCUGAUGAUGACGAAGAUGAUGCUGAUGCUGAUGCUGAUGAUGAUGAAUGUGAUGACAAUGUGGAUGAACUAUGCAAGUCGGUGCCUCAGUCACACUCGGAGAUCAGCAGGUGUGUUGAGAAAUAUGGAAAUCUGCCGAUGUAUUUCACAAAGUCAGCUGCAAGAGUCCAUGAACAACCGCAAAACUACUUUGCACACCCUGCUUCAGCUCCUCUUCGUCCAGUGACUGCUGUCAUCUAAUUAGAGCAACUCAUAAGACGAAUUAGCUAGGGUGUUUUCUGGAUCAAGCUAAGAAGCCAUGUUAUGUGUAGUUAGAUCGGGUGAGAUCGAACAUAGUGA